AUGUUGUGUUGCCCUGCUCUCUCACGAGCCCAAAAGAUCACCCAAGCUAGCCUUGUGGAUAAAGUACUGAGGCGCUGAAAGAGGGGAACUAAUGGUAAAGAGGGUCAAAAAAAUAAUGGAGAAGAUGGGGGGCUUGGAUGCGACAAUCGUGUGGCAACGCCAGUGCAGAGAAAGAAGUGGGAACAAAGAAAGAGAAGGAAGAGGGGCGACGAUGGAGGGGCGCAGGAAGGGCGCCGGAGGUGAAAGUGAAACGGACGGUGUAGCGAGCUGGCCGGGGAUCGUCGCGCAGCAAGUGACAGCAGCACGAAGAUAUAGGCAGGUACUCGGCAACAGAGAAAAUCGAAGGAAGAAGAAUCCCGAGACCACAAACAAAUCGACUGCCAGGUGCAGAAAGUCGCAGAAGAAGAGACAGGGGAGGAGGAGGUCAUACGUCAUUGCCGGCUGCGGGGGACCGAAACGGUUUGUUGUCCGCCUCGCCUCCAUUGCAAUGGAAUCCCGUCUUGCGUUCCCUCCCUGGCCCAAAUCACCGUCUUUGGGAGGCGAUGACGAGGCACGGCUGGUUUAUUCUAUCAAUGGCCGUCAUGGUAGGACAAUCUUGGUCUCCCGGUCCUAGACGUCCAUCUUAUCACUAAUUGUCAGCCUGCCGAGUAGUAGCAUAGGUAUAUACACGCGGACCUACUCGACGGCUAACCGAGAUCAUCGCAUCCAUGGUUGACUAUGCGGGAACGGACCGUGUCUAACGUGUCCCUGGAAUUGACUUGACAACGAUCCAGUGAAACCGAAAACUGUCAAUGUAAUUAUCCUUGGAAAUACAGCGGCUGCAACUGUUUCCUACCCACGACCUGCCAGUGUCUCCAACUGCCACAGUACAAGUGAUGCAUUCUGUUUAGGAAACCAAAA